GUUGAACAAACAUAAGGAUGAGCCUAGCAAACUAAGUGACUAGUGUGUGGAAGCUGUUAAAAGCUUCUUCAUUCUCUUCCUUAUGGCUUCUCUUCUUUCCUUCUCUCUUCCCAACUCAAAGAUGAUGAUGAUAAGAGCUUCUUCACCGUCCACUUCUUCUGCGACGACGAUUACGGUGCCAGAGAGCCUUACUGACAGGUUUGGCAGGAAAGGCAUCAAGUUUGUGGAGUAUGACAACACUCCAUUUGUUGAGCUCACAGUCAGAAAUGGCAGUUCACUUAAGCUUCAAAUACCUAAUGCUCAUGUUACUUCGUAUAUGCCGAAAGUGUACUGGAAAGAAGAUGGCUUUGAGGAGGUUCUUUACACAAUUUCAGGUAAAGGAAGUGAGCCUAACAAAGCCAAGGGGGGAAUUGGUUUGGUUUUGAAUGAAGUAUCACAAGCAGGUUCAAAAGGGUCACCUGUAUCCACUUCUGAAUGGACAGUGAAAGAUGUUGAUUCGGAUUCCAUUGACGCUGUGCAGGUUGAAUUAAGCAGCACCAGUGGAAAACUAGAUAUCACAUAUGUUGUCACACUAUACCCAGUAAGCAUUGCAACAGCAGUUAAAGUGAAGAACAAUGGCCGAAAGGACGCGACUCUAACAAGCGCAAUACUCAGCCAUUUCAAAUUUAAGAGACGAAAUGGAGCAGCAAUCCAAGGCCUCAAGGGCUGCAGUUACACUGUACACCCUCCCCUAUCGUCUCCUUUUGAGAUUUUGUCACCAAAUGAAGCAUUAAAAGCUGAUCCAUCUCCUGGGUGGUUCUCUUCAGAGCCUGAAGGAAAACCAGGUUCCUGGACUGAACAAGAUGUACCUUUCACCAUUUUGAAAAACAAGCUCAGCAGAGUUUAUGCUGCACCUCCUAAAGAGAGACUCAAGCCUAUUUAUAACACCCCACCUUCAAAAUAUGAUACACUUGAUCAGGGACGAGAGCUCUUCUUCAGGGUGAUAAGGAUGGGAUUUGAGGACAUAUACUUAUCCAGCCCUGGUUCUCUGUCUGAGAAAUAUGGGAAUGACUAUUUCAUAUGCACUGGCCCUGCUUCAAUGUUAGUACCUGUGGUUGUGAAACCUGGUGAGGAAUGGAGAGGAGCACAGGUCAUUGAACACGACAACUUGUAGUAUAUCCAUCUUCAGUA